GCCCAUGGUCCAGUACAGCCCAUAGAUAGAACCUUGUGCUAUAAAAGCUCAAACCAAACCCUACCGUAGCCCUAAUUUCAUUUUCUCCACUCUCCACUCCUCUGUGCGGCGGCUGCAGACAACGAAGCCGAGUGAGGCGGGGGCGCGGCGCCGUCUCUGCCCAUCUCCCUCCUCCCCGUCGCCUCGAGAGAUCACCACUCCCUGUCCCUCCCCAUAGUCCGUUCUCCCCUUCUUCCAUCCGCGACCAUGGAUGAGGAAGGCUUUCUCGACAGCAGCCGUCCGGCCGGCGACCCAGUUGGCGGUGGCAGCCAUAGAAGAUCGAGGUCAGGGGGCGACUAGGUCGACAAUGAGGGAGCCAUGGGGCGUGGCCACGUCCGGCCGAAUAUGGGGCUGGACUUGGGCAGCGGCUUUGGAGCUGCCGAUGCACAAGCUGGGCAAGGCUCCUCUCGUAAGAGGGUAGGCAUCGAUGCUAGAAGGAGUGAUACUGUCAACUUAGACGAUGAAGAUGAUGGUCUGAUCAGGAAUGGUUCAGCAACAAGAGAGGCACCUUUUAAAGGACUUAAGACCAACGACAUACAUCAUGUGUGGAACCAUGGCCCCAAGCACGGAGGAGGAUUUCAUUGUCGGUAUUGCAACAUGAAGAAUUCUGGAGGAGGUGCAACCCGCUUCAAAGAGCAUCUUGGCAAGAUAGUAGGUGAAGUGAAGGAGUGCCCAAAUGUUCCAAGAAAUGUGCAUGAUAUAAUGAGGAAGGCCGUGCUUGAGAUGAGGAAAAAGAAGAGGGAGAAGGAAAGUCGUAAGCUUAGAUUUGAACGUGAGUUGAUGGAUGAGAUGUACCAGAGAAAUGGUGUGAUAAAAAUUGAUGAUGAUAAAGAUGAAGAAAUUCAUAUGGCACUACGGGAGUCACUAAGAGACAGGAAUGUUCUGAAUGUAUCUCGUGCAGUUGAGAGGAGGCGUGGUAGUGGCAGUGGUGUUUGCGUUUCCCUUGGGAAACAGAGUAUCACAGCCUACUUUGACAAGCAAUUGUCGAGCAACAAAGUAUCAAUGCAACCCAAGAUCAGCACUGCUAUGGAUAGCAGCUCAAGGGAUGCUGCUGCCAUGAAGAUCACUCAAAAUCUUGGUGCUGCUCCUAUUCCAACUGGAAAAGAGAUUGAUGGGAAGUAUUUAGACAAAAAUUAUGAAGAGUCUCGAGAGUGGCUGAAGCUAUUCAAGCAAGAUUGGAAGAACUAUGGUAUGUUCUUCCAUAAAUCCAUUGAUGCUUCUGGCCAGUCUCAAAAUUCAGAAUUUCUCUAUAGAGAGAUUAAACAGGUUGUUGUUGAAGAGAUAGGCCACGAAAAUGUAGUUCAGAUUGUUACUGAUAAUGGCUCAAAUUACAAGAAAGCUUGUAAAACUCUUGUUGAACAACCAGAAUUCAGUCAUAUUGUUUGGCAGCCAUGUGCAGCCCACACGGUUAAUCUAAUGCUUAAAGACAUAGGUAAGUUUCCUGAGGUUGAUGUGAUAGUCAAAAGUGCCAAGCAAAUCUGUAGGUUUUUUUAUAAUCACAACAACCUACAUGAUAGCAUGAGGAAGAACGUUGGUGGUGAGCUGAUUAAACCGAAUGCCACCCGGUUUGGAACUGUGUUUAUGUUCCUUGAGAGUUAUUUGGAGAAGAAAGAUAAAUUUAGGAAAUGGAUGGUGUCCGACGAUUGGAAGAACAGUAUUUGGAAGAAUGAUGCAGACCAUGUGUUUGCUGAAGAGUUGCUAUCCAGUAACAUGUGGUGGACAGCCUUAGAAUGGGUUCUUGAUUUGCUUGAGCCACUCUAUGUAGCCCUCAGAUAUGCUGAUACACAAAAGAAAUGUACUCUAUCUGGUUUCAAGAAGACUAUGAUGACAGCCAUACAAAAGAUGAGUUCUCAUCUUGGUGGUGGGUCACAGAUGUUAGAUAGAGUCAUGAGCAAGGUGUCCCCGAGGAUGGAAGAUAUGCAAAAUGAGACACUAAUGGUUGCAGCUGCUGUCCUUGAUCCGUUCACACAUUAUCGGGUGAAUUUGAGCAACCUUCCAGAAUAUGCUUCUGCACUAACGGAUGUCAUCGAGAAGAUAGCAGACCCUGAGAGCGCUCUUUUGGCUAUCAAUGAAAUCAGCACUUAUAGGGAAUGUCGUGGGAGGUUUAGGCAUAGUUUGGCACGCUCUUCCGCAGAAAGAAUGGCACCAACUGAGUGGUGGUUCCAGUUUGGAGGGGAAGUUCCUAAUUUGCAGAAGUGGGCAUUGAGAAUUGUUUCACAGUGUGUCUCUUCAAGUGGCUGUGAGAGGAAUUGGACUGCUUUUGCCUUGGUCCACACGAAGCAAAGAAAUCGCCUUCUAUACUGCAAGCUUCACAAAAGUGUUUCUGUAUGCUACAACCUGAUUUGGGCGGGGGCGGCGCGCCCGGUGCCAAUGGUUCUGGGCGGGGGCGGCGGCGGAUCCCAUCUGAGGCGGCGGGGGUCUCAUGCGAUCCAACGGCGGCGGCUAGGACGGAGAUUUCGGGCUGUGCGGCGGGGGCCCGAGCACCAUCGCAGGCGGAGCGGCGGCCCUGCAUGGACGGCGGCGGUGGCAGCGCCCCAUCCGGCGAGGUGGGCUGUCCUGCUCGUGAUGGUGACGACGGCUACCGCGGAUCCAACGCCCUGUUUGGAUCCGUCGCAGGGAGGCUUUUCGCCGACCGGCGGCGCGUGGAGGGACCGGUGA